AUGCGGCAGACAGGGUUCUUCCAUCACAUCGGCUCGUUUCUGCUGUUAGCGGCUACGGUGCUGCUGAUUAUUACCGAUAUCUCAGCUCCUGUAGUGAACAGCAUUUCGAUGUUGAGAGUCAACCUCGAUGACCGUAAUACAUCACCAGACCGUCACCCAGCUGUAACCUUUGGCACCUUCGGCUAUUGCGUGAAGGACACUACAGUGCUAUCUAGUUCCGGCCAAGACUUCUGCAGCCGGUCUCAUGUCGGCUAUGACCCAGCCACUAUCGUUCAGAACAAUGUGCAGAAUGUGGACUUCUCAGAUUAUGCUGCAGACACGUCUAAAGCCUUGACGCGCGUUAUGAUCUUGCACCCGAUCGCGACGGGACUGGCAUUCAUCUCAUUCCUUUUAGCACUCGGUGCUGGGGUCGUCGGUAGUCUACUCGCAUCGCUAUUCUCGCUGCUCACCUUCAUUGUCACUCUUGUCGCGCUUGUUUGCGACUUUGUAUCGUUUAGUAUUAUCCGGUCCGAGGUCAACAGCUCGGGUAACGGUAGCCAGGCCGAAUGGGGUGCCGCGUCUUGGACUAUCCUCGUUUCUGCCAUCUGCAGCUUCCUCGCUACGUUCAUAGUCUUCUUUACAUGUUGCAGCGCCAGGAUGCACAGACGCCGAGAUGGCCGUUUCGGCGCCAAGGAUGUUCCCGAAGGCUAUGGCGCUCCGAUUUCGGAUAAACCGAAUUGGGAAGAAAAGGUUUUCGAUGAGACAAUUGUUGCCAAAUGGAAAGAGGAAGCAAAGAUGGUGUCGCAUCAAAAUUUCGACGGGGAUGUCUUUUUAUCCGACAAGAUGUUUGAAAACUGUAUCAAGGAACUCCGCGAUAAGGCGAAGCAGGUGAAAAAGACCGGCAUCGUCAAUGUGCUAGACGCCGAGUUAGUUGUUGCCAAGUCUGACACAAUUGUCACAUCUUCGCUAGUAGAUGCUCUUAGGCUCGGUGUUAAAUCCUUGGAAGAUGUGCCUGACAAAGACAAAGACUGGCAUCCUAGAUCUGACGGAAAAGUCCUCGACCUCUUACAUCCAUCUCUAUUCCCACUUGUCUACGGCACCACACGUGUUUUACCCUAUGGUAAAGUUCCACUUGAAGACUGUGCUUCAAUCAUUGGCGAAGGUGAAACUACGAUAUCGUGUGAGCAAAAGAAAACUAAGGAGCCUGCGCUUUGGGGGAGCAACCAAUGGCUUCCUAGCGACAUUGUAUGGACAGAAGCAGGUCCUAGAAUUGCAAGCUAUAUUAACAACUUGCAUCCCGUGGAUCACAAGGACUUAUACGAAGUUUUCGAAAAGUUCAUUUCUGCGGCCGUUCCCCUAUGGGAAGAGUGCUUGUUCCGUAGGUCAACACUAAAACAACGCAUCAACGUCAUCUGCGAGACCGAAGGUUGGGGGGACUACUACUUGCCCGAAAACGUGAAAGUUCCCGAUCAAUGGGUACUGGAUCUCGAACAUGAGCCAGAAGAUGAAGUUGACAGAUAUGAUACAGAGUCCGAAGGGUUUCAGGAGUGGUACGAAGAGCAUAGAGUUCUUAGAUGGCCCGAACCUGAAGAUUACACUCCUCGCGAAAGAGACCCCUCAGGUAAGCCAGAUCUGAAAAGGGAUUUCCCUUCUGGUCUUCAAGUUAUAUUCAAGCUUGCGAAUAUUCACUUGACCCCUGAGAAUCCCGAGUAUGAUGGCGGCAGCUGGCAUAUCGAAGGAGCGAUCAAUGAGAGAAUCGUCGCCACCGCGCUUUAUUAUUACGACGUCGAGAACAUUAGCGAAAGCCGGCUCGCAUUCAAGCAGGCUGUCGAUGCCGAGGAAGUGCGUGCGAUACCACCUCAGGGAGAGUUCGAACCUCUAAUGCGCUGGAUGGGGAUUGUGGACCACCAAUACGAGCCGCCUUUCCAGGAGCUCGGAAGUGUACUUACGCGACCUGGACGCCUGCUUGCAUUCCCUAAUGUAUUUCAGCAUCAAGUACAACCAUUUCGACUAGAAGACCCGACCAAGCCGGGCCACAGGAAAAUACUUGCCAUGUUUCUCGUCGAUCCCAACCUCCGUAUACUGUCUACAGGGGUCGUUCCACCGCAGCGACGGGAUUGGUGGGCACCCGAAGUACGUAAAAUCUCUCCCUUUUCGAAAAUCCCAGUUGAGAUUUUCGACAUGAUUAUAAAUUUUGUGGAGGGCUUUCCUAUGAGCUGGGAGCGAGCUGAGGAGGUACGGGAAGUUCUCAUGGAUGAACGUAGCUGGACAAAUGAGAAGUGGGAAGCGGAAAUCGGUCAGAAUCACUACUUCUUUUGCGAACAUUAA